AUGGCCUCCGCCGCUGCCGUCGUCUCCCUCAACGUCGGCGGUGAGCUCUUCCAGACCACCACCGCCACACUUUCCCGCGCCGGUGCCUCCUCCCCGCUCGCCUCCCUCGGCCCCUCCUCCCCCUCUGCCCCGCACUUCCACGACGGCGACCCGCGCCUCUUCGCCCACCUCCUCUCCUUCCUCCGCCACGGCCGCCUCCUCGCGCCGUCCCCUCCCUCAGCCGCUCUCCUCGCUGAGGCGCGCCACUUCGCGCUUGAUGGCGCCCUCCUCGCCUCCCUCUCCCCGGCCUCCGCCUUCGCGCCGCUCUCGCUGCGCCCCUCCGCGCUCCUCCCUCUCACCGGCCGCGUCGCGCCCUCCGUCGUGACGCUGUGCCCCUCGCCGCCGCACCCAGCCUCCCUCGUCGCCGCACAUGGCGGGGUCGUGACCUGCUUCGACGCCGCGCUCGCCUCCCGCACCAGCGUCCUCACGCCGCUCCCCGCCGUUGACUCGCUCGUCGCGGUGUCCCCCGCCCUCGCCCUCGCCGGCGCCCGCGACUUCCCCGGGGUCCACCUCUGCCGGUUCUCCGACGACGCCUCCGUCGCCUCUACUGAUCCGGACGUGCUUUCGUGGCUGGGCUCGCCCUCCGCUACCGUGCUGUCGAUGGCCACUACGACCGCGUCAGGAGCGCCGUCGCCGCCCUGGCUCUUCUCCAGCUUCGAGUCGGCGCGGCGGAACUCGAGCGCCGUGGUGGUGUUCGACCUCAAUUCCUUGUCUCCUGUAGCGGAAAUCGGGCGGAAGGAGGUGUUCGGCGCGGACGUCGAGGCUGCGAUCCCAGCGACCAAGCUCGCGUGGCUUGGUGGGCACAGCCUCCUUCUCGCCGCUGGCUCUCACUCAGGGCCGGCCGGGGUGGUGGGGGACAUACGACUCUGGGAUGUCCGAGCGAGCGCCACUGUACCGGUGUGGGAGGUCAGGGAGAAGGAGGAUUGCUUUGCUGAUGUUGCGGCGUCUGACGCAUUGUCAGCAGUGUUCAAGGUGGGUGCCGCCUCCAGCGAGGUGUUCAUGGCUGACCUGAGGAGGCUUGGUGACGGUGGAGGCAUUGGAUUGGAGCCUUGGGUGUGCAUUGGUGAUGGACAGAAGGCUGCAGCAGCCGCAUCAUCUGGAAGGAAAGAGAGAAAUGGCUGUAGAAUUGAGUGCUACUGCAGUUGGGUGUUUGUGGCACAGGGCGCGGACGUCGAGGUGUGGAGUCAGGUGGAAUUGGCACCGGAGGCCGGUGGGAAGAAGGUGAUGAGGAGGAAUUGGGUUGGCAGCGAACUAUCCACGAAGCCCAAGAUUGUGAGCUGGGCAUUUGGUGGCAGCAGGAUGGCAUUGGCCAGAGCUGAUAAGCUGUCUGUGGAGUUAUGGGAUAGUGCUACAGCAGCAAUUGGCGCAAACCCCUGA